CUGUAAGGGUCGGGGAGGAGCGGUUUGCGUGAAAAGUCAUAUGAAUGUAGCUUCGGUAGUUGGUAAAGAAUAAAUCAUUUUUAAGUGCCAAAGCAAUUUUUCAAGAAACCAUCUUCAACUGAAUCUGAUAUUUAUCGGAUAUAGCCAUAUCACUGCAAAAUUGUGAUAUUUAGCUAGCUAGGAUGUUACAAAAUAAACAUUAAGUUGUUGUAGCUAGCUAUAGAAGGACACAAACUAGCUACUUCGCGCUAACUUGUCAAGCAAAGAAGAUAACAAAGACAUUUUGGGAAAUUGUAAUAUGAAAAAAGACGUGUCGGGGACAUUAGGAUUUGUCUCUCAAAAAGACAUCGUCUACAACAAACUUCUGCCAUAUGCGGAUAUAUUAGACGAAGAAUCCAAUGACAUUUUGGGUCAAAUCAAAGGGAACUUGGGCCGGGCUGUCCAGCUUCGAGAGAUAUGGCCGGGUGUCUUGUUUUGGACAAGGAAACUUUCCACGUACAUACGGCUGUACGGCAGGAAGUUCAGCAAGGAGGACCAUGUGCUGUUCAUCAAGCUGCUGUAUGAGCUGAUCACCAUCGACAAGCUGGAGAUCAGUAUGAUGCAAGGCCUAGCCCGGCUACUCAUCAACCUCCUCAAGAAAACAGAGUUGCUGUCGCGUGAGGACCUGGAGUUGCCUUGGAGACCACUGUACGAGCUGCAAGACAGGAUCCUCUACUCAAAGACAGAACACCUGGGCCUCAACUGGUUCCCCAACUCGGUGGAAAACGUUCUGAAAACACUUGUGAAAAGCUGCAGACCGUAUUUUCCGGAGUCGGCCACCCAGGAGAUGUUGGAGGAGUGGCGUCCACUGCUCUGUCCAUUUGACGUGACCAUGCAGAGAGCAAUAGGAUACUUAGAGCUCUUCCUCCCCACCACCCUACCCCCAAAGCUGCACCACAAGGGCUUCAAGUUGUGGUUUGAUGAGCUCAUCAGCUUGUGGGUGGCAGUACAGAACCUUCCAGGUUGGGAGGUGCAUCUUGUCAACCUGUUUGCCCGCUUGGCCAACGACAACAUUGGCUACAUUGACUGGGACCCAUAUAUACCCAAGAUCUUCACCAGAGUGCUGCGUAGUCUGAACCUCCCGGUGGGGACCAGUCAGAUGCUGGUUCCCAGAUACCUGACAAACGCCUACGAUGUCGCACACGUGGUCCUCUGGGUCUCCGCUUUACUGGGAGGCCCCAGUAAACACGCCCAGGCACAGCUCAGUGGCCUUUUCAACAGCAUCACGUCUUUCUUCCACCCAUCCAACCAUGGACGCUGGCUGAUGAAGUUGAUGAAGCUGCUGCAGCGCCUCCCGGCCAGCGUGGUAAGACGGCUCCACCGGGAGCGCUACCGGAAGCCCACGUGGCUCACUCCGGUACCGGACAGCCACAAGUUGACGGAGGCGGACAUCACGGCGUUCGUGGAGAGUAUGAUGCAGCCGGUGCUGCUGGCCAUGUUCAGUAAGACGGGCAGUCUGGAUGCUGCUCAGUCCCUGCAGAACCUGGCCCUCAUGAGACCUGAACUUGUCAUACCACCAGUGCUGGAGAAAACCUACCCUGCUAUGGAGACCCUGACAGAGCCCCACCAGCUGACUGCCACCCUGAGCUGUAUGAUUGGUGUGGCUCGCAGCCUGGUGUCUGGGGGGCAGCGCUUCCCUGAGGGCCCCACACACAUGCUGCCCCUCCUCAUGAGGGCUCUGCCCGGUGUUGACCCCAAUGACUUCAGCAAGUGCAUGAUAACAUUCCAAUUCAUUGCUACGUUUGUUACUCUUGUGCCUUUGGUGGACUGCUCCUCUGCUGUUCAUGAAAGGAGCGACCUGACAUCGGUGGAGAGAGAGAUGUGCUCAGCCUCUGCAGAGUUUGAGGACUUUGUUCUUCAGUUCAUGGACAGGUGUUUUGCCCUGAUAGACAGCAGUACUCUAGAGCAGACCAGAGAGGAGACAGAGACAGAGAAGAUGACCCAUCUGGAGAGCCUGGUGGAGCUGGGACUAUCUUCUACCUUCAGCACCAUCCUCACACAGUGCUCUAUAGACAUCUUCAAGGUGGCUCUGGAGAAGGUCUUCAUCUUUGCCACCACCAACAUCUUUGAGACUCGUGUGGCUGGCAGGAUGGUGGCUGACAUGUGCAGAGCAGCCUCCAAGGUUCACCCUGCACAGUCUUUGAAGCUUUUGGUACCACACUGCUGCAAUGCCAUAAACCAGCUCGCUGUCAAUGAGGAGGUGUUGAGUGAGGAGGAACUGGAUAAGGAGUUACUAUGGAACCUUCAGCUACUGUCAGAGGUGACUCGUGUGGAUGGGGACAAGAUCCUCCCCUACAGCACCCAGCUGGUUCAGAUCCUGCAGCUGACCCUCCAUCUGAAGUGUAAACAGGGCUACACCCUGGCCUGUAACCUGCUGCAUCAUAUCCUGAGGUCUACAGCUCUCAUCUACCCCACAGAGUACUGCAGUGUACCAGGUGGCUUUCAGCAGCCCACACAGGACUACCUUCCCAUCAAGGACUGGGGUCGUCCGGGGGACCUGUGGAACCUGAACAUCCAGUGGCACGUCCCCAGUGUGGAGGAGACCAAAUUUGUGUUCUAUGUUCUGGACCUGAUCUUACAGCCAGAGCUGCUGCGACUGCAGAGAUACGCCCAGGGGGAACGGGACAUGACCAGGGAUGACGUCCUACAGAGUUUGUCUAUCGUACAGCACUGCCUUCUCGGAGCAGGAAGUCUGUUUCCACCGCUGCGAGGAGAGCCCAUUCCAGAACUGGUGACUAGCAUGGUGAAUCUGGGUGAGACCAACCUCUUCACAGGAGUGUCUUAUGAUGUGUCCAGAGAGAACUACAGAGAUGCUAUCUGUAGAGUAAUGAGGCAGUUGCUACAUCACAUUCUGGAACACUCAGAGGACGACACCAAGUCUCUAUUCUCCAUCAUCAAGAUCAUCAGUGACCUGCUACACUUCAAAGGCUCCCAAAAACACGAGUUUGACUCUCGCUGGAAGAGCUUCAACCUGGUCAAGAAGUCCAUGGAGAACAGGCUUCAUGGCAGGAAGCAGCACAUCAGAGCCCUACUGAUCGACAGAGUUAUGCUACAGCAUGAGCUUCGUAAGCUAACAGUGGAGGGGUGUGAGUACAGGAGUAUCCACCAGGAACUGAUGAGGGAUCUGCUGAGGCUAUCCACCAGCACCUACAGUCAGGUGCGUAGCCGGGCUCAGAGUGUGCUGUUCACGGCUCUGGGAACCUAUAACUUCUGCUGCAGGGACGUGAUCCCCCGCGUGCUGGAGUUCCUGGAGCCAGACCGCUCCGACGUCACACAGCAGCAGUUCAAAGGUGCCUUAUACUGUCUCUUGGGGAACCACAGUGGGGUGUGCCUGGCCAACCUGCACGACUGGGACUGCAUCACCCUGACCUGGCCUGCCAUCGUCCGCUCAGGACUCAGCUCAGCUAUGUCCCUGGAGAAGCCCUCCAUCGUCCGCCUGUUCGACGACCUCGCUGACAAGAUCCACCGCCAGUACGAGACCAUCGGCAUAGACUUCGCUAUCCCAUCAGAAUGCCGUGCGGUGGCGGUGCAGCUCCAGACCUCUGGUGUUCCUCUGCCCCCGGAACCUGUCCCCUCAGACCAAGAAGAAGCAGAGGGCCUCAGGAAGCAGGAGGAGAAGAACUUAGACUCUGAACAGAAAUAUGACAAGCUGGUUGGUGAACUUCUGGACCGCCUGAAUGACAGAAACAUGCCCUGGAAGUUUGAGCACAUUGCCAUUGGCUUCAUGUCUCUGUUACUGAGGGAUGACCACCCCCUCCCCUCCCCCGCUGUCCUUUUCUUCGUCAAGAGCCUCAACCAUGACUCCCUCCUGGUCCGCAAGGUGGCGAUAUCAGCCGUGGCAGGGAUCAUGAAGCAACUCAAGAGGCCACACAAAAAAGUACCAGUCAGCCCCAACACGCUCUGUGGUAUGAAAGAGCUGGCUGGUUUGAUAGCAGGGGACAGGCCUGAUAACCAGUGGCUCCAGUAUAACAGUAGCAGUCUGCCUCGUACCCAGCAGGACUGGGAGGGCUGUACGUUUGUAGAGAAGACCCACUGGGGAUACUACAGCUGGCCACAGAAACUCAUGAUGUACGCUCCUUCUGAGGAGCAGCCCAAACAAGGACUGACCAGGGAGGAGAUGACCGAGCGAGAGCAGAUCAUCUACGACCACUUCUCAGAUCCAGGAUUCAUCAACCAGCUGAUUGAGUUCCUCUCUCUGGAGGACCGGAAGGGCAAGGACAAGUUCAGUCCCCGCAGGUUCUGCCUUUUCAAGGGUCUGUUCCGGAACUUCAACGAUGCCUUCCUGCCCCUGUUGAAACCACACAUGGAGCGUCUGGUGGCCGACACACACGAGAGUAAACAGCGCUGUGUAGCAGAGAUCACCUCUGGACUGAUCAGAGGCAGCAAGCACUGGAGCUACGGCAAGGUGGAGAGUCUGUGGGAGCUGCUGUGUCCUCUGAUCCGUACAGCUCUGAACAACAUCACUGUAGAAACCUACGCUGACUGGGGCACCUGCAUCGCCACAGCCUGUGAGAGCAGAGACCCCAGGAAGCUCCACUGGUUGUUUGAAAUGCUGAUGGAAUCUCCAGUCAACGGGGAGGGGGGAUCCUUCGUAGAUGCCUGUCGUCUGUAUGUGCUGCAGGGGGGCCUGGCUCAGCAGGAGUGGAGGGUCCCUGAGCUGCUCCACAGACUGCUGCAGUACCUAGAGCCCAAACUCACACAGGUCUACAAGAACGUCCGUGAGCGCAUCGGAAGCGUCCUCACCUACAUCUUCAUGAUAGACGUCAACCUGCCAUACACCCAGCCCACGGCCUCGCCUCGCAUCAAGGAGUUCACAGAGCGAGUACUCCUGCGCCUCAAACCCCUGACGGAGGGGGACGAGGAGAUCCAGAACCACGUGGUAGAGGAGAACGAUGUGGGGGAGCAGGACGAGAGGACACAGGCCAUCAAACUACUGAAGACAGUACUCAAGUGGCUGAUGGCCAGUGCUGGACGCUCCUUCUCCACGGCCGUUCCAGAGCAGCUCCAGUUGCUACCCCUGCUGUUCAAGAUCGCUCCGGUGGAGAAUGAUGACAGUUAUGAUGAGCUGAAGAGGGAUGCUAAGACCUGUCUGUCUCUGAUGUCCCAGGGACUACUCUACACAGAGCAGAUACCACUGGUCCUGCUGGCCCUGCAAGAGAUAGCGGGCAGCAGUUCGUGGCAUGCACGCUACACGGUGCUGACGUACCUACAGAUCAUGGUCUUCUACAACCUGUUCACCUUUAUGAGCGACCAGGGAGCCGUCAACGACGUCAGAGCACUGGUCAUACGCCUGCUGGAGGACGAGCAGCUGGAGGUGAGGGAGAUGGCUGCCACCACUCUGAGCGGUUUCCUUCAGUGUAACUUCCUGUCCAUAGAGGGCCCCAUGCAGAGCCACUUUGAGGCCCUCUGCAAGACCCGCCUGCCCAAGAAGAGGAAGAGGGAGCUGGGCUCCGUGGUGGACACCAUCCCCUCUGGAGAUCUAGUGAGGCGACAUGCUGGAGUGUUAGGUCUGAGUGCCUGUAUCCUGUCCAGCCCCUACGAUGUUCCCAGCUGGAUGCCCCAGCUACUGAUGAACCUGAGCGUCCACCUCAACGACACACAGCCCAUUGAGAUGACUGUGAAGAAGACCCUGUCUAACUUCCGGCGGACUCAUCAUGACAACUGGCAGGAACACAAACAGCAGUUCACUGACGACCAGCUGCUGGUUCUGACCGACCUGCUGGUCUCUCCCUGCUACUAUGCCUAGAUACCUGGGCCCUGGUACAACUUUCAGAUGGAGAUUGUUAUGUUUUCUUAACGGAGGAACGACACCCUGAAUGCCCUCUUUGAGCCACUCAACAGUUCCUCACUCUGUUAUUAGUCUGGGAAAACCUCAGACUGAACAGAACAGGGCCGUAUUCACAAAGCGUCUGAGUACAAUUGCUGAUUUAGGAUCAGUUUUGCCUUUCAGAUCGUAUUGAAUACCAUUAUAUGGACAUGGCGACCUGAUCCUCGAUCAGCAGCGCUACUCUGAGACGCUGUGUGAAUACCAGAACAGACGAGCCUGCAUGAGGGGAGACGGGCCUCACGUCCAGGUCCCUUCCCUCUGACCAGACCAAUGGACGACACCUGGGUCGUUUUCUCUAGGCACCAAACGUAAUGAAACGAGGAGGAACUACCUGGAUGUUUCCUUAGAAAAAGGUUUUUGCUACGUUGUGCCGUAACGAAUACAACCCUGUACCCUGAGGACCUUGAGAAGGGGGGGGGGGGGG